CACACUGCUCACGGAGUGGGGAGAUGGGUUGCGUUUAACGCACUCGGUAAAAGUGAACACCAAUCCACCUCCCGUGCAUAAUAUUAAAAACGUCGAAGUCACGUUUGAAAUUCUAAGUGCGGUUUGAACUCGCGUCUCUUUGUGAUGAUGCGUGAAUUCCAUCGGCGAACGACGGGGAAGAAAGAAGCCACUGCUCAGUUCGUGUUGGCCAUCAAGGGGAAGUGUUGACAAAUCCCGAAGUCGUUUUGUGUUCUUAAAGGGCGCACUGCGGUUAGCGUCGGCGCUGCUGGAAGUGAACGCAGCGACACCGACGCCGACGCCGACAUCGACGCCGACAUCGGCGAGCAGCAGAGGAUUUUUUUAGGACAUCAUCCAUCAUCUAAGCCACUUCUCCUCACGAGGGUCGCGGGUGCCCUGGCCCCCCAUCUCAGCUGACUUCGGGCGAGAGGCGGGUACACCCUGAACUGGUCGCCAGCCAAUCGCAGAGUGAGCGAGCCCUCGGUCGCCAUGGACGCUCGCCCGCGUGCUCGAGGAGCUCCGAUCAAGUCCGGGGCCUCUGUCAGAAAAGAGACCAUGCGUGACAGCGGAGCGCAGUUUGUCAAGAGCCUCUUACGGAGCCGAAAGGAUCUUUGCCGUCUCAACCUGGAACUCCCGUCCAGAGACGGCACAAUAGUCGCGGAGGUUCAUUUUGUUUGUCUGCCUGGUCAGAGUGAAGGCGACGUUGCUGUGGAUCAGGCCCUGGCGUCCCUUCCGGCGGGGCUGCGCGAGAUGCUCAGAAACUUCCACGUUCACGGCCUGAGGAACGAUGAAGUUCAGAUGCUCAAAGACUCGCGCAGUCUGACGGAGCACAAGGACGCUGGGCCUCAAUGCUGGCUAAAGGCUGUGUGCGUGCUGCGCCACAACCCCGGUGCCAGCGGGCAAUCCGCAGCCGGCGCCACGUCGUUGGCAGGCCUUCUCGGACGCUACGUCGCCGGCAUCCGCUACGCCGUGGAGCUGCAAAGCCUCCGCAGUGAUGAAGCGAGGCGGUCGGAGGAAGACGACACCAACCGGUCCGUCUCGUCCAUCGAGGACGACUUUGUCACUGCUCUGGAGAAUCUCGAGGAGGUCGAAAUGGGAGACGGCCCCUCUUAUCGCCCUUUCAAAAGACGUGAUGUGGCGUCACAGACAGUGCCUGCCCACAAGAGACGAAAGGAACUAUCAGGCACCCGUAUUAUCAUAGGCUCGUCUUCAAAGAAGUAUGCAGCCAAACACAAACCGGGCCCGGAGGUUUCUGUCACAGUACAGAGGUCCUCGGGCAUGGAAACCCAGUGGACUUACUGCAGUCCAGGAGCUCGUCUACCCUCACCGACAGUUCAAGUCAGUCAAUCCGAAGAAUCUGACUGCUCCAGCCCGAGCCCUAUCAUCUUUCUGGAUGAGGUGGGCUAUCAGAAGAGCAUGUUGGCCAAGCUGGACAUCCCUCAAGUGCCAGGAGGUCCCAGAGAGAGGGUGGAAGACUCUGACUCUGAAGUGAGUGAAUUCUUUGACAGCUUUGACCAGUUUGAUGAUCUUGAAGAUUUCAGUUCGGAGAGUGGCACUCUCACGCUGCCUAUGGAUAAUGACAGUGCUCCAGCAGUACAGACUACCACUGUCAAAUCUAGCGCUGGUGGUUCGGCAACCAAAUACGUCUCCAAAGGCUGUUCAACAAAGGACAUGUAUCCUCACUGCUUUGAUCAACCCAUUCUCCCAGCCAAUGUGAAAAAACCCACUCCCCUUAAACUAGGCUCCCCCUAUGGACCUCACUCUGAGGUUCCUGACUCCCCACGACCAGUACAGAGUCCGUCUGAGGACAAUGGUGGUCCACUCUUCAGUCCUAUUAACUCCUCUGCAUUUAGCCCCCUGGUGGAUUCAAGUGGGGUGCUGGAAUAUUUCUGGAAGAGAAGUGAGGAUGGGAGCAACAGCACUGAGUUACGAAAACCUCAAGAUCUCUGCUCUUUGUAUAAGACCUACUCAGACUUUGCCAACAGUCUCUCCAAAGAAAUUCUUGGAUCUGUCUGCGGGUACCAGUCCGCUAUAGACAUUAAUGACAACAAGAAUCUCAGUUGUGUAUGCCAAAAGAAAUUCACCAACUCCUCAGGCUACACAAUGAAGCUGUCGGAAAUCCAGGAGACUGUGACGGUGGCCGGGUUACAGAAAUCAUCCCAGUCUUUGAAGGAUGGUAUCCAGAGGUUUGCUGCUGACCUUGUAGAAAUGAGCCUGGGCAGCGCCUUGCGGGACCUCCAAAAAGGCGUGUCUAUUUGCACCACCACUUUGUGUCAGCUAGCUGCUAGACUCACCUCCUCAGUAUUUCAGAUGGCGUUCCAUGAGAUUGGCAUGCGGCAGGCCUAUGUGUUGAAGGAGCGAGCGGUGAAUGGGUUAGCAAACUUCUUGGUCGGAGAGGCAGUAUCUGGUGCUCUGAAAGAGUUCUUGACUGUGAAAAAGCAGGUUUUCCAUAGCACGGUGACACAGUUUGCGGCUGAUUUAGCCGAAGAGCUGCUGUUCGAAGGUAUUAUGGAGGUGUGUCAGUUCUCCCACCCGUCGACACCUCUAACCCCCAGUGAUUGGUCUUGUGGCCAUGGGCAUGAGGAAGAAGAAGAAGAGGAGGAGGAGGAGGUGGUUACCUCCUAUGCUUCAGACUUGUCCGAGUCUGUUAUCCAGGAGGCGUUCAUUGAGCUUUCUCAGGCUGACAUUGCCUUCACUAGCCAAGCAGCCAUCAGUGUUUCUCCAGACAACAUUUGUUACGUUCGUGCAGAGAAUAUGAGUGCUCACACCUGCAGCACAUUUGCUAACCAGGAGCUUUCCAGUGCAACCGUAGCAUAUGUUCUGGGGACCUCAGGAGAAAGUGCCCCCUGCACAGUGAAGGAAGCCCUUUUCACUGUGUCAGGCAUGGCUAGCUGUAUCCCUGUGCCCCAAGCAGGCCAAGCCAUCUCCCAUCUAAAGGAUCCUGAAGACCAGCAUGGUUCUAGCUUAACGUAUACUUCACUGUCCAGCCCUAAAAAAGUAACAGUAUUUUCCUCCGAUAACACCACAUGUACGCAAACUCACAUUUACAGCCAUGGAACUCAAACACCCACCUGUGGAAAAGGAUGCUCCCUUAGAAAAUCACCACUCCAAAACUUCUCUGGCAACAUGGUGGACACGAUAGUGACUGAAGCUUGUGAGCUUAUAAGUGCUUCUAAAAUGAAGAAACAUUUUGAUGACUGUGCUGGUUUCCUUGCAAAGGCAGUCGUGAGCCAAAGGGACACUCUGGAUGUGCCAAAUGCAGAGAUGGGUGGACAAAAGAAGACAUCUAAUGGUGGCGAUGACGCAACUCCAAAUUUGGGUCAAAGAUCUGGUCGGACACCCGGCACUCCUCCGUCUACACCCCAGCAGCCCAGUGAAGUAUCCAAGGAGAAACAAAUAAAACUGUUCUCCAAGAAGUUAAAAAGCAAGUUGGCCAAAGAAUUUUCUCCAGCAACCCCUCCUCCAACUCCGCACUAUCACACUGAACCUGGCCCGUGUCCAACGGAAAACAGUCCAGAGGCAGACAAGACCGAGUUCAUGUUAAAACUGAUGAGAUCACUUUCCGAGGAGGCAGAUGGUAAUGUGGAUGAAGAGGAGGAAGAAUUGCUAGAAGACACUGGUGUAAGUGGCACCAACAAAUCGGACGAGUCAGAAGGUCACCUGCAGGAAGUGAGACAGUUGUCAUCUCACGGGCUAUCCAACAAGGAAGCUCUCCAUUAUGCUGAGCAGUUGGCAUGUCAUAUAGUCUCAAUGGCAACUGAGAUAGAUGCUCUCGGGGUCGAUGACAAAGUAGGGGAAUUCGCUGGUCCGAGUGAGAGAAGGUGUGACAGUGUGGCUCAUUUCUCAGAGCAAACUUUGAACACCUUGUGGGUGUAUGCGGGGGAGGUGGCCGGGGAGGUAAUCAAUGACGUGAAGAGGAUGCUGAGCUCUGUCCAGCAGCGCUCUCAUCAUGGUUCUCCCAGAAGAAGAAGUGUCAACCGUCUGGGCUCGGAAUGUUUGCAUCACGAUCACCACCAACACCACUCUCUUACCGGAACAGAUCAGAGUAGUGACUGGAGGGUGGAGAGAGUGGCUGAGCAAUGGUCAAACAAUCUCCUAGCCUCUGUUUUCCGGUCGCCUGUCUCCACAUCAAGUAGUUCCAGUUCUGGAUUGUCCUCCGCGUAUCCCAGCUGUGAGAGUGUGACAGAUGAAUACGCCGGCUACCUCAUUAGGGUGCUAAAAAAAGAGGGAGGCAAUCGGGAGUUAGUCCUCGAUCAGUAUGCUAGUCGUCUGGCGUACCGGUCCAUCAAACAAGGUUUGGCUCAUGCUAGUCGCAAGAUAAAACAGAGAUCUUCCAGUGCCCGUCUUUAUCCCUCAAAGUCAUUACCAGAUGAACAGAAGGCAUCGGGUAGUGAGGCCUCACCACUCAAGGACAUAGUGGAGUCAAUAGUUUGUCUCUCGUGUGAGGAUGUGCAGUGUUGUUGCAGAGAAAAUCAUGGCCAGAGGGACUGCAUUGAUCUGGUGAACUUUGCCGAAUCUUUAGCAUACAAGAUCACGUGUGAUGUUACACGAAUGCUUCGUCUAUCUUCUGUACGUCUCCCAAAGUCUCUCACUGACUCUUGUCUCUAUAAGAAAUCCAAUCUUGAAAACGUGACAGAAAACCUCAUUAGGAACUCAUUCUCCUGCCCUCUACUGUCCAAGGUCAGUAAGGCUAGACUUUACCACAGCACGGGAAGCUUGCUUGAUGCCGGCCACAGCAAUAGGAUGAUGCCGGUCAUUGAGCACUAUGCAAAGAAAAUAGUUGAUGACACUCUAAAGAUGAGCUUGGCUUCAGUUGGGCAUUCAUCCCGGGAUCAUCAGAGGACCCCUGGCCCAGACAGACUCUCACACACCCAAAGGCUGUCUGAAGGGACGGUGCCAGGUCCCGCCCAGGGAGAGACAACCUGCUGUUACUGUCAGGCUCUGGAGUGCCCCUACUGCACCAAACUUAGUCGGCAUCACCACCAGUCUCUAUUGCACAGGAGGAGAAGAGGCCCAGGGUAUCAAACCAGGCCAGAGCGCCUCCAUGGGCUGGAGAUUCCUAAAAUCCAUAUCGACCUGGAACACAGGUCGGCAUUUGCGGAACAGAUGGUGUCUAUGGCGAUGGAGAACGCAAAACGCGAGCUGAGCAACACCAGCCUUAACGCAGACAGUGGCAUCAGCCAUGAUGGAACUAGCUACGCGGACAGUGUCACUGCUGAGGUCAUGACCUCCGCACUUAACGUCUGCCAAGCGGCCAGUGUCAGCUCUCCAGGCAGGGAAGCCACAGAAUCCACUGUGUCCCAGCAGUUGAGUGUCGGGGAUGACAGUUUGGGCAGCUGGUCCAACCUCAGCUUUGAGGAUGACAACAGCAGCUUCCUUCACCUCAGUGACAGCAAUGGAAACAGCAGCAGCUGGAGCAGUCUUGGCCUGGAGGGGGAGCCCUUUGACGAACGCAUGUCAUCCUCGCCUUCAGACAGCGACCAUACAGAGGACAAAGAGGGGGAGGUGAAAGAAGAAUCCAGUGGAACUCUGUGCGAUGACACAACCCAGAUGCAGGUCUCCGGGACUAUGUUGAUUAUCCUGAACUCGGACAGCCGCGAACUCCGGCGGAGCCCUCGGCACUUGACCCUCGACCCCCAGCUGAGGAGCUUGCUGCAGUGGGCGGCGGCCUCCGUCGCCGGGGUCCCUCUGAUCCAACUGAGUCCCGACAAUGAGCUCCAGCAGCUGCCAGCCGUGGUCCAAAGGCUGCGCGAGAGGAAGUGGAGGGUGGGAGAGCUGCUGCACUUCCUGUUGCGCUACUGUGAAGAGACCCAGCCGCGUGCUCCGCCCGGGGAGGAGACUCCCCACGUGGUCAGAGAGUCUCAGCGCGUCCCCCUCUUCAAGUGGCUCCUGGAGCACACCUAAACCCCUAUUUAUUUGUCUUCCUCCGCCCACUUCCAGCAGAGGGAGCUGUGAGAGCCUUGUACGACGUAUUAUUUUGCUGCUGUUUGAUUGUUGCAGUAUCCUCGCACGUUGCUUUAACAAACGAUCUCACACUUUCCUAAAAAGGAAGCAGAGCGACCCAUCCCGUUCGUUCCUGGCGCGGCCAUUUGUGAGGCAGGGAGAAAGUGUGUGUGCGUGCGGGCGAGCCCUUUUGUUCGGGGAUCCCCAUGGCUGCCAGCAGGCCGAUUAGGUCAUCACAUCCACAGCUCACCUUGGCGGCAGCGGAGCUGUUUCCACAUGAGAGGAACACCACGCCCUUCCAUUAUCAGAGUAGGGGCCGUCUUGAAAAGGUGCAUUUCUUUCCAUCGAGUAUUUCCAUUUUUGUGUUUCUUCAAGCAUAAUUUCCACAUGCUAAAAGGCCAUCGCUUUAUUUUACACGUUUGUGUUACAGACAGAAAUACUGCACAAAUUGCCUUAGAAUUCCACAAUUGAUCUUCUUAUACGGAAGCAAUUGCUUUCAAUGCAACAAAGCGUCUUAACAGUCACACGCUGACUUCGGCAUUGCGGAAUAGCCUUAACAUGCGGACUCUCCCGCCUCUGGUACGGCUCUGAGACUACCUCCCGAGCCGGAAAAUUGCCCAGUUGACUUUGCCCCCCCCCCACAAUUUCUGCGACAUGUGGAAAAUAGGCGGAACUUUUCCAGGCAGUGUUGAAGGGCCUUCAAUUUGAUUUCGAUUGAUAGGACCCAGUGUGUUUCCUGUUUCAUCUUUAGAUGGUGAUUUGCCAACUGAAAUAUUGCAAAUGGUGGAUUCGGGAUGGGCAACGCUUCAAUUGAUUUCUUGUAAAGAUGAGAGAGAAUCUCUUUCUCCGAAUGUUAGACCGCCAACGAGUGAUGAGAGACUUGACGGCCAAGGUCUGGCUGAGACGUCUUCAGACAGCAAACCCAUUGAGACUUCCUUAACCACAAUCUAGGCUUCUUUAGACUUUUGACACUUAACAUGCCUCGCUGAGACUUCUUAAUAAGGCAACCUCAUUGAGCCUCCUCAUUGACUUCUUUCGACAGCAAUCAAGGCUUCUUUAGACCGUAAACCCAUCGAGACUUGAGAGCAGUUGAGACUUUUGGCGGCAAGCUUGUAGAGGCUGUAGACAGCAAACUAGUUAAGACUUUUUUAGAUGCCAUAAAUACUUGACUGCAGAUGAGUUGACAUUUUGUUUUUGACGGGUAUCGAGAGUUAUUUCGAUUCUUUCGACAGCAAACGUUACACGACAAUCGAGACUUCUUCAGUUAGCAAAACUCGCUCAAGCUUUAGACAGCAGGUAAUGCUAGUCGAGGUAAAAAAGACUGCAGUCUAGUUAAGAUUUCUUUAGACGUCAAUCAAUGCUUCUGGAGACAGCAAACACAUUGAGAUAAGAACAGUCUAGACUUAAAAUGGUAAACAUACUGAGACAGCAGUCUAGGCUUCUUUAGGCUGUAACAUGCUUGGAUGUUUGACAGCAAUUGAGUUCUUUCGAUGGAAACACUAAUUGACACUACUUUAGACUGCAAACCUUUUGAGCUUUCUGUUGAUGGCUAACAAGACUUCAUUAGACGGCAAACAAAUUGAGACUUCAGUUGGUAAACUUGCCAAGAAGAAACAGUAAUUGAGCCUUCUUUCGACAGCAAAUGUGUUGAGACUUGAGAUGACAGUCGAGACAUUAUAGAUUGCAAUCUCACUCAGGCUUUAGACGGCAAACUAAUUGAGACUUCUUCAGACGGCAAUCGAGAGUUCAUUAGACUUCAAACCCGUUGAGGCGACUUUUGACUGCAGACUCAUUCAGGCAUUAGACUACAAGCAAACUGGAGGUUUUUGUUGACGGCAAACAAGACUUCCUGAGACAGCCAUCAAGUUGAGACUUAAGACGGUAAAUUUGCCAAGACUUCUUUACUCUGCAAACCUGUUCAGACAUUAGACAGCAAACUUGGUGAGACUUCUUUAGACUGCAGUCUUGUUAGCAUUUCUUGACAGUAGACAGCAAUCAAGUUCAGCCUAAAUCAACAGGAAGUGCUGGUCUCUAUUUUGCCUGAUUUGCUUCAAGACACGAUGAAUCAAGUCCAGACCCUCACUCAUUUCUUAAGGCUCCAUUCAAUGAUGAAUUGAUGUUGCCCAUCCCUAGCAUGUGGAUUGUUUGCCAGGUAGAUCAGUACGUUGAGAGUAUUUUUUUUCCAAUAAGCUGAAAUAAGCCAACGUUUGUGGCUUUAAUGUUGCCAAACUGACCUCACGCGGACCAAGUCGUCAUCAGAGUGGCUCAUCCGUGCCGUGUCGUAAUUGCGAAAGGUCCGUCGACGCAGAUCGCGGUGCUCUUUAACCACAAACUCAGGUUGAAGAGAUAAGUCAGCUCCACCUCAUAGAUGGCGACCACAACUUCCCCAACGGAUUCCAUCUGGGUGCAGAUGCAACUUUCAAUGCGCUCAUUGCUCUGGCAAGCGUGGCCAACCUGUGGCCUGUGGGCCAUAUAACGCCCCCUAGAGCAUUUGAUAGGGCCUACCAUGCAAUUCUAAAAACAGAUAAAACCUCAAAGUCCCAAAUUAUAAAACUGACACGUCAUCGAUGUUGGGCGGAAUCCUCACCUCUCCAAAACCAUUAGUUUUCAGGAAAUUUACACCAUUUUUUUUUUUUAGUUAUUCAACAUCAUACAGUUAAGAGAGGUAUUUGCAAGACUUUGGUUAAUAAUUUAUUUAAAAAAACAACAACAACAAAAACGGACCGUGCAGUAGUAUUGAUUUGAAAUUGACCAACUUUGGAAAUAAGCGCUUUCUGCCCAACAGGAGGACAUGCUGAUAAGAAUACAAACAUUUGUUGGAGACACUGUAAUAAUAUAUAAAUAUCGCUUUUCAUUUGUCGUUCGGCAUGGGUCCUCACCUGCAUGGCUAGAAGCUCCAUGCCACCUCUUCCUGCUUCAACUCUAUAGGCUGCUGACCAGAAUGGUCUUUUUUUUGGGUUUUGUUUUUUAGUAUACGUGUAUCAAUUUAAAACGGUGUUUGUCUCAAUAAUUGUUUACUUGUGAAAUAGAUCGCUAAAUGCACUAUGAGAAAAACAGUUACACUGUAAGAAGAAGAAGAGGUGGUGAAGUAUUUUGAAUGAACCUUGCAGAGAGACUGAGUUGAAAGGAAUGUCCAAUUCAUGAUGAAAAGAGAAGCUAUCCGUGUACAAAGUCAUUCUGUUGACAUUCCAGCUUGUGUUUGUGCCUGUUGGACGCUGGAUGUGCACCUGCAACAUUUUGUCAAAUGGGCCGCUGUUGUAUUCCAGUGCUGCUUUCAGAGUGCCCCCUGCCCCCAAACACACACACACACUGUAUUCGUUCCUGCUUACUUGUAAAGUCAUGCUAAAUAAAGAUAUUGAAUGAAUUAAGUUAUAUAAUAUAUAAAUGUAAUAUGAUAGUGAGUGUGGCGACCUGUUCCCUCGUGACAAUGCUGAAUAGUGAAUCCACGUUUGUAAGCUUGACGUCAAUACUUUAUGAUUAAAAAAGCUCAGUGAGACAAAGCUUUUACGUGGUCCCUUUUUUGGGCUUCUUUUAAUGCAUAAAUCCCUUAUAAAAUAAAAAGAAAAACAUUAUAAAUUGUUGUAAAUACUAUAUAUUGAUGCGGGCGGCAUAGUUCUGAGGUUGCGGGUUCCCCGUGCCUGUGUGGGUUUUCUCCGGGGUACUCUGGUUUCCUCACACAUUCCAAAGCAUGCGACCAGUUCAGGGUGUAGCCCGCCUCUCAGCCAAAGUCAGCUGGGAUAGGUGCCAGCACGCCCGCGACCCAUCAGGAGGACAAGCCGGAUGGAUGGAUAUUGAUG